CUGUAAUCUGCACACCACUCACCCGCCUUUUCGUCUCGCACCCUCCAUCACCCCAUGUGCCACCCCAAACCCCACCCCAGAAUAUAAACAAUCUUUUGUACGUAUAGGUUACAUUACCUUGCAAGAUUAAUGUGAAUCAACAACUUUCCCCAUCUUUCUUUAUUUUUUUUUUCUUCUAAAAUUCAAUCCAAAAAAGCUGAUUUCUUGACCAUCAAAAAUUUACGAUUCUUAUAAUUUCUUUCAUGGAGUGAGCUUUUGAUUUAAAAUCAUCAUCAGAAACUGAAGAAUGGUGAAAAAUCCAGUGUUCUUGUUGUUCAUCUUCAUCACCUCUGUUUCACCUAUUUCUUCAUUCUCAAAAGAUCAAUCCAAAUUUAUACUAGGAGAAGAUAACCUUGGUCAUUGGAAAAAUGGGAUGUUAAGCUCGUCGCCCGCAAGUGAGGCUCCUGGUCCAGCUAACGGUCCACCCGACCCGCUUGUAUUGGCAGGGUCAAGAACAAAGCGGCCAGACAUUCUUAACCAUUUUAAGCGGUAUCGAGGUGGAUGGGACAUUACCAAUAAACAUUACUGGGCAUCGGUUGGGUUUACAGGAGCUGUUGAGUUUAUGCUUGCGAUAUUAUGGUUCGUGUGCUUUGGUCUGGCGAUGAUCAUACAUCAUUGUUGUGGAUGGAGGAUCGACAUCAAAGACAAAGAAUCCCGUGGUUCUCAGAGGAUUUGCUUGAUUUUGCUUAUCGUUUUCACAUGUGCUUCAGUGAUCGGCUGCAUACUUCUUUCAGUUGGACAAGAUGAAUUUCAUGGUGAAGCCGUGAAGACGUUGAAUUAUGUUGUAAACCAAUCAGACUACACCGUACAAACGCUCGCAAACGUCACGGCCUAUUUGUCACUUGCAAAAACCGUUAAUGUGGCCCAGGUUUUUCUUCCUUCAGAUGUGAAAGAUGAUAUUGACCGGUUGACUGUUGACUUAAACAAUGCUGCUGAUACAUUGAGGCAGAAAACACAACAAAAUUCUCGAAAAAUACGAACUGUUUUUGAUACCGUACGAUUAUCAAUGAUCGCUGUUGCCGUAGUGAUGCUUCUAGAUUCAUUUUUAGGCCUUUUUCUGUCUAUCCUUGGUCACAAGAACACAAUUUACAUUUUCAUUACGAGCGGAUGGUUACUUGUUGUGGUUACAUUUAUUCUGUGUGGAGUUUUUGUGAUUAUCAACCAUGCAAUAGCGGACACUUGUAUGGCGAUGGGACAAUGGGUAGAUAACCAGCAAGCUGAAACCGCCCUUAGCAACAUCCUUCCGUGUGUUGACGAAGCAACCACCAAUGCCACUUUGUAUAAGAGCAAAUUAGUCGUUAAUGAUAUCGCCAAUAUCAUAAACGGGUUCAUUGGUUCGUUUGCAAAUUCAAAUGCACCUCCCAGUGGGAACUCUAAUUACUACAACCAGUCGGGCCCACUGAUGCCUUACGUUUGCUAUCCGUACGACUCUCAACUGCAUGAGCUGGAAUGUCCUUCCCAAUUGGUUUCAAUGGCAAACGCUACUAUGGUGUGGCAGAACUACACUUGCAGCAUCUCAGAAUCAGGAUUCUGCACCACCACCGGAAGACUAACACCCGACAUGUAUCGGCAACUAGUCGGAGCAGUGAACAUAAGUUACGGCCUUCAACACUAUACACCGCCAUUACUCAGCCUCCAAGACUGCAACUUUGUACGCCAAACGUUCAGAAUCAUCAUCUCCGACCACUGUCCGCCAUUAGAAGAUCAUCUUCGAUUGGUAAAUGCAGGUUUGGCUCUCGUCUCGGUAGGGGUCAUGCUCAGUCUUGCGCUGUGGAUCAUAUAUGCAAACCGACCUCAAGGUGAGCAAGUGUUCGAUAAGAUUUCAUCGAAGUUUAAAGGCAGAUGCAAAGGUGAUACCGCCGUUGAUGUAGCAUUGAGCAAUAAUGAAGUUUAAUAUGUUAGAAAAUUAUAGGUAUAUAGAGUGAUGUCAUAUGGGGUUUGUUGAGUAUUGUUUCGAUAGUUGCUUUCUUGCCAGAUUCAAGAUGGAGCGAAGCGCCAUUUUUGGGUUUUGAGCUGGCGUAAAAUGUAUAUUGUAUCUGUUGAAAAUUACCGGGCGCCACGUCAGCCAUGGGCGUUUGUCCCUACUUGCUUUUU